AGUCAUUGCACAUCCACAAUGGAUAUCUCGGCCAUCCUCUACGCCCUCGUCAUCGUCCACGCAGGCUAUCUGAUUCAACUCUCCUUUCGACAGCCCAGCAGCAAAGUCAUCUCGACUCAGACUGGAUCAUGGAUAGGGUGGGUCAUGGCGUCGCCCGUUGGCAUGAUAAUCGCGAGGAUGACAACAAUGGUCUUCGCUCUCCACCAAGCUGUUGUCGCCCUGUCGCUUUCCCAAACGCUACCCCGCAGCGAUGAGGUGCUGCAGUCCGUCUGUCCGACAGCAGAGUACCUGGAUCGACGACUAUUUACAUGGUCAUUGCCCCUUACCGGGACCCUCGCACUCUUGUACUUCGGGAGCUAUGUCCGUUUUCAGGCGUAUGCUCAACUUGGCACAAACUUUACUUACCGAAUCGCACGGCCUGACAGACUGGUCACCUCCGGACAAUACGCAUACGUUCGCCAUUCAUCGUACACUGGACUCCUCACGGUUCUUCUGGCAACAAAUUUGUUGUUCUUCCGCCAGCGAGGGCUAGUAAGCUGUUGGCUGCCAAUGAUAGAGAAGAAUCUGGUUACGGACCCAACGUUUGCUCACUUGGUGCCUGUCAUCGCCCUCGGCAUUCCAAUAGCUCUGUUCAUAAGGAGGGUGAGGGACGAAGAAGUAAUGAUGGAGGAGGAGUUCGGGCAGCAGUGGAGAGAAUACAGGGCACGGACGAAAAAGUUCAUUCCGUACAUCUACUGAGCUUUAGAUGGUAGUAGAACACACAUGUUUAAUGUUGAGCCUG